CUGACAAUGCUGGGUGACUGGUGCAGGUGGAUGGGCGAGAGCACGCUCCGUUCCCUGCUCAUCCUGGGCAUCCCUGACGACUGUGGGGACGAGGAAUUCCAGAAGGCCGUGCGCACUGCCCUAUGGCCCCUGGGCAGGUACCGAGUGCUGGGCAAAGUGUUCAGAAAGGAGCUCGGAUGCAGGGUCGCCUUGGUCGAGUUUGCUCAGUAUUUAAACCGAAGUUUGAUUCCCCGACAAAUACCAGGCAAGGGAGGACCCUGGCCUGUGGUCUUUCUGCCCCAGGCCCCCGACUCAGAGUCACAGGAUAGACCAGAUUUCCCUGCACAGCCCCAGAGGCAUGCAGGGGUUGGCCAGGCAGGUGUGGCAGGAGCUGCAGGUGAGGCAGGAGCUGCAGGUGUGGCAGGAGCUGCAGGUGAGGCAGGAGCUGCAGGUGUGGCAGGAGCUGCAGGUGAGGCAGGAGCUGCAGGUGAGGCAGGAGCUGCAGGUGAGGCAGGAGCUGCAAGUGUGGCAGGAGCUGCAGGUGAGGCAGGAGCUGCAGGUGAGGAAGAAGUUGCACUUGAGGAAGGAACUGUGGGUGAGGAAGGAGCAGAAGAAGGAGGAGUGUCAGAUGAGGGAGCUGCAGGUGAGGAAGGAGCAGAAGAGGGAGGAGUGUCAGAUGAGGGAGCUGCAAGUGAGGAAGGAGCAGAAGAUGAAGGAGUUUCAGAUGAGGAGGGAGCUGCAGGUGUGGCAGGAGCUGCAGGUGAGGCAGGAGCUGCGGGUGUGGCAAGAGCUGAAGAUGAAGGGGGAGUGUCAGAUGAGGAGGGAGCUUCAGGUGACACAGGAAUUGCAGGUGUGGUAGGAUCUGUGAGUAUGGCAGGAGCUGCAGGUGAGGCGGGCACUGCAGGCGAGGAAGGAGCUGUGGGUGUGUCAGGAGCCAUAGAUGAGGGAGGAUCCUGGACCCAGCAAUGGAAUCAGGCCCAGCAGCCUGUGCCUGAAAAUAUGGCCUAUCGGGCAUUGAGAACCUUUUCUGGGAUGGAAGAGCCAGACCAAGAGGAAGAGUCCUUUGAGAGCUGGCUGCACCAUGCCAACGACAUGCUGUACAUGUGGCGCCACGUGUCAGAAAGGGAGAGGAGGCGGCGGCUGGUGGAGAGCUUGGGUGGCCGCGCGCUGGAUCUCAUGUGCAGCCUCCUGGCAGAAAAUCCCGACAUGCCUGUGCAGGAUUGCCUGGCCGCGCUGGUACAGGUGUUUGGGGACAAGGACACCUGCGUGACUGCACGGCUCAAGUUCCUGACUUGUGCCCAGCGGCCCCAGGAGACUCUCUUUGCCUAUGUGAUGCGCCUGGAAGGCCUGCUGCAGUCGGCUGUGGAGAAGGGGGCCUUCCGUCCUGUCAUCGCAGACCAGGUUCGCGCCAGGCAGGUGCUGAUGCAGGCCCGCCCGAACGAGAUGCUUCAGAACAAGCUGAGGAGGAUGCGGCUGGAGAGGAGACCACCUGGCUUCAUGGGGAUGCUGCGGCUCAUUCGGGAGACCGAGGCAUGGGAGGCCGCCCUAGCUGGGGGUGAGCAAUUCCAAGCGGAAGAAGGGGCCUGUGUGGACAUGGGAGGGCUGCCGGCCGCCCAGGCUGCCCCCGCCAGUGAAGAGGUUGCUGAACCCUCUCCAGCCAGUGAAGAUGCUUUCCGGGCUGGCCUGGCUCUUGAAGUCAUCACCGAGGGCACCCGAGCUGAUGCAGAUGAAACCGAGGCCUCCCCAGCCAACAAAGAUGCUUUCCGGUCCGCCCUGGCUCUUGAAGUCAUCACCGAGGUCAUCACCGAGGGCACCGCUGCCGGUGGAGAUGAAACCGAGGCCUCCCCAGCCAACAAAGAUGCUUUCCGGUCCGCCCUGGCUCUUGAAGUCAUCACCGAGGGCACUGUUGCCGGUGGAGAUGAAACCGAGGCCUCCCCAGCCAGCGAAGAUGCUUUCCGGUCCGCCCUGGCUCUUGAAGUCAUCACCGGGGGCACCGCUGCCGGUGGAGAUGAAACCGAGGCCUUCCCAGCCAAUGAAGAUACUGCCAAGCCUGCCCCAGCGAACGUGGAGGCCAGUGAGGCAGAUCCUGGCACUGCCGAAGCUCGUAGGGCUGCUCCUGAACCCUAUGAUGCUGCCAGGGCUGCCCCUGCCCCUCAGGAGAUCUCCAAGUUCUUCCCUGCCACUCAGGAAGAUGAAAAUGCUCCGUCCUCUGUGGGCCUAGGUCAGGCAAGACCCUCAGAGGCCCCUGGGGGCCCCACUCCUGCCCAGAUGGGCAGUGCUUCCAGGGCGGGCCCAAGAGGUCCUGGCUGUGAGCCAGAGGGCCUCGCCCAGGCAGGAGACCAGGAGGCUGGGGAGCCCCCCAAGGAGGGGCUCGAGCCCAUCCCAGAAGAGUCGGAAAACGAGGAUGGCGCUGGGGAGACGAUGUUGUGA